AUACUGUCUCUUUAUUAUUAUUAAUAUUUCUCUGAAAACUAAAACCCCUCUCCAAAAGCCGUUUGUUCGAGUGAUUGUUUUGCAGAUCAGCCAUUUCAAACCCCUUUUGUAGUUUUUUUAUUUUUACUCAUUGGACGGCGGUGAGCUGUGAGAAUUUUCUGAGUUUAUGUUUUGCUUUUGGAGCGUUUGAGGUUGUUUCGUUUUUGUUGUUGUUCGAUGUCGUCUUCGUCGAAGAUUUGUUUUAACAAAGAGUGUAAGGAGUUGAAAUCGGAGCGGCCGAGGAAAGGCUGGCUUUUACGUGGCGGCGAGUUGGCGGAGCUGUGUGAUCGAUGCGGUUCUAUUUAUGAGGAGGGAAGAUUUUGUGAUACUUUUCAUUUGAAUGCUUCUGGUUGGAGGUCUUGUGAUACUUGUAGCAAGCGGGUUCAUUGUGGAUGUAUUAUUUCAGUUAAUGCAUUUACAUUGUUAGAUGCUGGAGGAAUUGAGUGCAUGACAUGUGCAAGAAAAAAUGUCCUUUUGGCACCAAAUCCUUCAUGGCCACCUUUAUUUUAUCAAAUGCCUUUACCUGAGAGACUUAAAGACCUUUCUGUCAAAAAUUGGACUCAGUUAGCUGGUUCAGGUCCUGUACCUUGGCGGCAAGCACCCACUCUAUUCAAUUCGAUUCCUCAGUCUGAAUUGCAUCCAAGAGUGUCCUAUGAAGUUGACUUAUCUACCAGCAUUGACAGACUCAAUGCUGGUGAAAGAUUAACUGCCCCUUCCUUGGAGAAAAGGAAAAUUGAUGAUUUUUCUGAAAGGCUGAUGAAUGGAGGACUUAAGGGUGCUUCAAGGGAUAUACUUGAGAAUGGAAAUACAGGAAUUAAUUGCGAGGAGCAACCUAGUGCAUGUUUAAAUAAACCCCAUCAGCCUUCCUCUUUGAAGGAUGAUCCAUCUACUACACAUUUUGGUUUGGCUGCACCUUAUGCAUCUCCAAACGAAACAAAUGGUCAACUGGGGAUCUCUGGAGCUCAUUUGCGACCAGUCCUUCAACCGUCUAUGGUGAAGCAAAUUCAUGGUAAUUCACAUAAUGGACUUGAUUCAAUGGGUGAAACUCAAAUUCGCAAUGGAAGGCCCCGGGUAGAUGCCCGUGGAAGAAAUCAGUUACUUCCUCGGUACUGGCCUAGGUUCACUGAUCAAGAUCUGCAGCAGAUCUCUGGAGAUUCAAAUUCUGUUAUCACUCCUUUGUUUGAGAAAAUGUUGAGUGCAAGUGAUGCUGGCCGAAUUGGACGUUUGGUGCUUCCUAAAAAAUGUGCAGAGGCCUAUUUCCCACCAAUCUCUCAGCCUGAAGGUUUGCCUCUUAAAGUCCAGGAUUCAAAAGGCAAGGAGUGGAUAUUUCAGUUUCGCUUCUGGCCUAAUAAUAAUAGUAGAAUGUAUGUGUUGGAAGGGGUUACUCCUUGCAUACAGAACAUGCAAUUGCAAGCAGGUGACAUAGUAACGUUUAGCCGUUUAGAGCCUGAAGGGAAAUUGGUCAUGGGAUUCAGAAAGGCCUCAGCUAAUCAAGCAUCUGAUCAGGACAAUGAAGCAAAUAAGACUCUCGCUGGAGUUUCCACAAAUGGAGAUGUUGAACUGCCAGAUCCUAGUUCAUGGUCUAAGGUUGAUAAGUCGGGAUAUAUAGCAACAGAAGCACUUGCAGCGAAAUCUUCAAUCCCUAGAAAGCGGAAGAACGCCGCGUUGGGUUCAAAGAAUAAGCGCCCAAAAAUUGAAACUGAGGACCAGAUAGAGCUGAAGCUGACAUGGGAAGAAGCUCAAGGACUACUUCGUCCUCCUAAUAAUGUUCCUACUGUUGUGGUGAUUGAAGGUUAUGAGUUUGAGGAGUAUGAGGAUGCACCAAUACUGGGGAAGCCAACAUUAUUUACAACAGAUAACAUGGGUGAAAAGAUCCAAUGGGUUCAAUGUGAAGAUUGUCACAAGUGGCGCAAAUUGCCUGCCAAUGCUCUUCUUCCAUCCAAGUGGACGUGUUCGGGCAACACAUGGGAUCUAGAAAGAUCCUUUUGUUCAGCAGCUCAAGAAGUGAGAGGGGAACAGUUUGAAGAUUUGCUACCUUGUAAUUCAGCUUCUUCUAAGAAAAUGAAGGCCACUAAACAGGAACCUGAUAAUGUUGAAGCUUUAGAGGGUCUUGACACGCUUGCCAACCUAGCCAUAAUGGGUGAAGGUGAGGCACUUCCAGCAUCAUCCCAGGCCACUACAAAGCAUCCCCGGCAUAGACCUGGCUGUUCAUGCAUUGUGUGCAUUCAACCCCCAAGUGGGAAGGGGCCCAAACACAAGCAGACAUGCACAUGUAAUGUGUGCCAAACAGUGAAGCGCCGUUUCCACACCCUUAUGUUGCGGCGUGAGAAGAAACAAUCCGAAAAAGAUGCAGAAAGUUCACGCAAGAAGCCGCAGCAGAAGCUGCCAUUACCUGAUAAACCAUUGGAUGAUGACCCCCUCCAGUCCAGCAAGACAGAAAAUAGCAGCCCAAACCAGAAAAAGAUAGUUAGUGAGGGUUCCGAUGAUGACUCUAACAAAAUGAAAUCCUCCACUUCCCCUUUUAAAGGCCAAAUUGACCUAAAUAUCCAGCCAGAGCGAGAAGAGGAACUAUCGCCUGGUGCAGAUUCUGUCAACAUGAUGGCCCUGAUCCAAGAUGCCACUGAGAGGUAUCUCAGGCAUCAGAGAUUGUCAACAGGUAGCAAUAGCAAUUCUGCAGUUAAUCAGGCAUUGCAAGGUGGUGGAACAGGAGAAAAAAUCGGCAACACCAUCACCCUUGACACUAGUCAUCAAGAUGCUGACAAUGACCAUCAUGGUACUUUGCCUAUGAAACCUUCUGCAUCCAUAUCUGCCAAUGGAUAAUCUGCAGCUAUCAUCUAUGCUGGGCUAUAUUGACCAUAAAUGCAGCGGGGACAAUUUUCAUAAUGUGUUCAUCCCCGUAGGCAUUUUACUGCUUCAGGUUUGUACAUAAAUUGAGGGUAGGGGCAGAAAAUGAGCUGACAUGGUUAGGAAACCAAUAACCUUACAGAUUAGCAUUCUAUAAUGUCAUCCCCUACAGAAAUAUUAGUGCAUAUUUGAAGUAUUACAAGAUCGAAAAUGCAUCAGGAAAGGGUGGUAGGUUGAAGCUAAUGUACUUUUUAGGAGCUCACCUUCUGCCUUUUUGAGGGACAAUGAGAAUGUAAUUAUGAUGUGCCAAAUUUUUGCUGAGCAUUGAAAGAGAAAUUACAUUUUCUAGUGAAGCUGUGCCUGUUUGUUACAAA